AUCAACCAUGAAAUUCGCUCUUUGUCUUCUUGCCAUCUUUGGAUGCGCCACUGCUCAAUUCAGCUCAACUGCUCAGGGCCAGAUUGUGGAUGCUCAUAACAAGCUGAGAUCCGCAAUCGCUCAGGGAAGUUACGUCGCAGCGGGAACCCAAGAACCAUCGGCUUCGAACAUGAGAAAAAUUGUUUGGGAUGAAACAGUGGCAGCUGCCGCUCAAGAGUAUGCCGAAGGAUGUCCAGAUGAUCAUUCUGGAACUAGUUAUGGAGAGAACCUCUACUGGUCCUGGUCUUCGUCGGCUCCAAGCAGUCUUGACAAGUUUGGAGUUGCUGCAUCAAAUUCCUGGGAAAGCGAGUUCCAAAAGUACGGAUGGACAUCCACUUUUCUCGAUGAAGCCGGUUUUGCUACUGGAAUCGGACAUGCUACUCAAAUGGCUUGGGCUGAAACUAGCAAGAUCGGAUGCGGAAUUAAAAAUUGUGGAAAAGAUGCGAACAAGAAAAACAUGUACAAAGUUGCAGUGGUCUGCCAAUACGAUUCCGCCGGUAACAUGAUGGACUCGGACAUUUACCAACAGGGAGAAACGUGUUCUGCAUGCUCGGAAGAUGCAAGUUGCGAGCAGGAUUCUGGGCUCUGUGCUUAAAAAUUGUCAUGAUUUCUUGUCUGUAUAUUGUUUUUUUUGUCAAUUUUCACAAGUAAAUGUUGCAUAUUCCA